GCGCCCCCUCUCCUCCAGGGCUGGGUUUUUCCAGCCGGAGCCCCGCUCCCUCUACUGCAAGCUCUGGAAAUUGGUGUCUGACGUCGCCACUCCUGCACGUUAUUUAUUUACUUCCUCUUUUCUUCCCUCCGCUGAGGCCCUCCGGUUGGGAGAGCUGCAGGCAGAAAGCUGCCGGGUGGAGGAAGCAGAGAGGACGGUGGGCAAGACCGCUCAGGAGCCCCCGGCCUGCCCGCGGGGGUCAUGAGCGUCCGGCCGGACGCCCCGAGGGAGGAGGGAGAUGCCGGGGACAGGGGACAGGAGGCAGAGCUGCGGGGCCGAGCCAGCAGCCGGCAGCGCCAGCACAGACAGGCCACCCGGUUCCUGCACAAGGACUCGGCCGACCUGCUCCCCCUGGACGGCCUCAAGAGGCUCGGCACCUCCAAAGACUGGCAACCGCACAACGUGAUCCAGAGGCGUCUGGUGGAGGGGAACCCGAGCCGGCCUCAGGGGGAGCAUCCCUUGGUGCUGGCCGCGAUCCACGGCCAGGAGACCAGGAGGAAGACCAGCAAGACAGAGAGGCCAGCUCUUCUGGUCAACUGCAAGUGCCAGGACCAGGUUCUUCAGGUGGCCGUGGACACGGGCACCCACUACAAUCAGAUCUCCGCUGGAUGCCUCAGCCGCCUGGGGUUAGGGAAGAGGGUCCUAAAAGCCCCAUCUGGGGACCUGGCGCCUGGGCCCCCAGCCCAGGUGGAGCAGCUGGAACUACAGCUGGGCCAGGCAACCGUGGCGUGCUCGGCCCAGGUGGUAGGUAAGUCCCCUCUCCGUCAGCAUCCCCGCGUCUCUGCUCUUGCAGCUCUCCCUCCUGGGCGGGGCGAAGGCAGAGCCUGUCAGCUCCUGCCAGCACAGACAAGGUACCCCCAAAGAUGCUCUGAUUAUCCCCAAGGUUCUCUGGCCUCGGGUGGUGGGGGGAGCAGAGAAGGGGCGAGUGCUGACAGGAGGACAGCAGCAUUCUCAAACGGUUCCCGCAGAUGUGGAGAGUCCUGAACUCUGCCUUGGCCUGCAGACUCUGCUCUCUCUCAAGGUAAGGAGGAUGCUCGUGCUGACACCCACACCCAGGGCCUGACCCCGAGGGCUGGGAAAAAGAAGUAGGGGGCACGGGUGUGGAAGCAUGGGCCAGGCUCCGAUGAGACGGACUUGGAGAUGUGGAAUUUCACCCUCGAUGCUUAGAGGUUCCUUAUUUGUGAAAAAUAUGGAGAACUGGGUCCCUCCAUGAUAGCGGUCCAGGUGAAUGGAAACAGGGAGGAGAAAAGAGCAGGGUGCUGUGGGAAGGCGGAGGGGAACAAAGCAGCGCGGCUGGGAGAGGGGUUACCUGCCCAGGUGAGCUCACCGUCCCCCAACCCCACAGUGCUGCAUUGACCUGGAGCAUCGCGUGCUGCGGCUGAAAGCCCCCCUCCCUGAGCUGCCCUUCCUGCCUUUGCACCAAGAGCCGGACCAGUGACCGCUGCCCCAGAUGGUCCCCAGGGGAAAGCUCCUUGCCUGAAGGGAAGAGCCAUGGGGGGAUGGGGCAUGACUAGAGCCAGGUAGCUGGGACAGCUGGGUCUGUCCCUCUUGUCACCACCCUGGCCCCUUUCCCAUUUCCCAGUCGGCCACACUCCUCUGCUUCUCAGCACCUGCCCCAUCCCGCAGGAGGAAUGUUCCCUGGAGAGGGCCCGCGAUCUCAGGGUUCUGGUUUCCCCGUCCUCUCUCAUCCCCGCCGUCCCAAGAAGAGCGGAGCUAAGUCAGGACUGCAGAAAAGGACAUCAGCAGAGCAGGGUCCUGGCUGGGCCCCUGGCACAGCAUGGGGUGGCCCGAGUCCAAGGCUACAGCCUGCUGCUGGCCCCUGACUCCUGUCCACCCCGCACACCGUCGAGGCCUUGACUCCGCGUGGCUCGCCUCACAACUAGCCUGUCCCCCUCCCCGGCCCUGCUGUGUCCACUUCUCUGAUCUGCGCACAGCUGAGCGGGAGAGAAAUGGUCACCACGACAGUAGAGGAAUGCCUAGCCCAUGAGGGCCGGGGGUUCCUUCAUCGGCUGCCUCUUCUGGGGCUGCAAACGUCUGAAGCCAGUUAUUAGUUGAUGCCCUGCGCAAACCUUGGGUAAACCUCUACUAUUUACUCCAGAUACGUACCCUCCACCUGCUUCCUCACCCACUGGGCAUGUGUGGAGAGCCCUGUGGGGAAUGGCCCCCCAAGGCAGACAGGAAUGGUGACGUUGCCAGGUCCCAGACUUAACCUGACCAAUAUUCCUUAUUUCUAGAACUUUCCACUUCAUUAGACCUUCUUCCCACCCCUCAUCUCUGGCCUCCUGAGCUUGAGCUGGUUUUUUCUGGCAUCAGUGGCUACCCAACCCCCCCACCCUGGCCCUGAGUCCAGCAAAGACACAAGGAGGCUUUGCUACCUUCCCUGUGAAGAGCCCAAACCUCAAAGGGCCAGGCCCCCGGGUGCCUCUCUGGCUGGUUUGAGUCUCUCAUAUGUUGGAUUAGGGGAGAGGAAGACAGUGGUGUAACUAACCCGACCAGGGGACUAGGACACUCAGCUCGGAGUCAAAACCCUGACCCUGGAGUAGAUUAGAUCUGAGCAGAACCAGGAUCUGCCGUGAGCCCUGGCCAUACCUUUCUCAGCUGAGUCCUCUGCACCCAGAGGAGAGGAGAGGGGCUCACUGGCACAGGUGUGAGAGUGCGCUGGCCCCUCUGGCCCUGCUCCUCGACCCCUGCUCUCCCGGGCCUCUCCCUGUCCCCCUCCCUUCUGCCUCCUUUGCUUCUGCAAUUGCAGACCCAGGCCCAAGGAGGCCCUCAGCUCAGUGGCUUCCCCAUUUGAAUAAACACCUGUUUGUCCUA